UGGCCAAACGUCAGAGGUUCUCAGAGAAAUAAAUUCACUCGUCGCAGAAAUAAUUAGAGUGAGGCUGGCAGAGAGCUUCCGGCUUCCCUGCGACCUGCUCUAGUGCUCUAGACUCUAGUAUAUUCAGAUUUCAAAAGCAGCAAUUAAAUUUGGUUUAUAAAAUUCUGCAACUUAAAACAGAGAAAAAUGGCGGAGAAUGAGGCUCGUAUUUGAAGCUUCGAAGAUUAAAGGAGCUUAAACAAAGAUUUGAAUUCAUCAACAUAUUUCCAGAAACCAGGGGAAGGGUCUAGGAACUUGAUUUUGAAUGUUGAUGUGUUUUUUUCCCAUUAAGCAAUUUAACAGCAGUUGAAUUUUGUGAGUGCAACUGUCUGUUAUUCCUCUCCUUCAUCAAUAGCAUCUUAUUUUAAUUCUACAGUUGGAAAUUAAGAAAUCAUGAGGGAAACAGAUAAAAAGAAAUCUAUACCAAAUAAUAGCCACAGAAAACGCUCCAACAGAGGCAACAGGAAAGAACAAAAAGUGCAAGAGAAUGAACGCAACAAGUUGAAUGCAAAAGAAGCUGAAUCUGGAUCUUUGGAUGAUGGACCAGAAUCCACUGUCUUAGCAAGUGAUUCAAAUGCAGGAACAGAGUCUACUGAAGUUUAUGAAAACCUGGUUAUACAUUAUGUGGAUGACAUGGACAGGCCCGAAGGGACAGCUGCAGAUUUAAAAUCUGGUCAAAUGGCUGCUAGAGAGAAUAAGGAUGAGGUAGAAGAUCAUUCAAGUGAUUUGGAGAAGGAUUCUAAGCAAGGAAAGGAAGAUGAAUCUGAUUGUGAGACGGCAAAAGAUUCUGUAUCAUCUCAAGGGGAAGCACAGGCAAUAGAAGAUGACAAGAUAGAAAGGGUAUCAAGAGUUCCCAAGGUGCUUGCAAAAAAGGACUCUGCUGAAAGCAGUCCUCGUUCAUCAAGAGUAAGAACAGAUCGCCGGGAAGCAAGUAAACUGCAAAAUAAUGUGUCAAAUAAUGCUUCAAAGAGAUCUGCUAAAUCCAACCGAGAAUCUUCUAAGGUGAACUCUAAAGGUAUCUCUGAAAACAAAUCUACUGGUAUGAAAGUUCCUCCAAAACCUUCAUCAGAAACAUCUGAAGGAGUUGAUGAUAAGCCUAUUGAAGAGAUAAAGGAGAUAGAGGUCUUGGAUGAGGCACUCAAUAGUGCCCAUAGUCUUGGAAGUGAUGAUGAAAUGGUUGAUGCAGAAGAGAAUGGUUUUGAAGAAGACAGGGAAAUUUUUAACCAAAGGAUGGAAGAAAUGGAACAAAGAAUUGAGAAACUUGAACAAGAACUAAGAGAAAUUGCUGCUCUUGAGAUUUCACUCUAUUCUGUUGUACCAGAGCAUGGGAGCUCAGCACAUAAGGUGCAUACACCUGCUCGACGCCUUUCUAGGCUAUACAUUCAUGCUUGCAAGCAUUGGACUCAAGACAAAAGAGCUACUGUUGCAAGGAACACUGCCUCAGGACUCGUCCUGAUAGCCAAGUCCUGUGGUAAUGAUGUUCCAAGGUUAACAUUCUGGUUGUCAAACACAAUUGUCCUAAGAGAGAUUAUAGCACAAGCCUUUGGCAAUUCACACCACUUGAGUCCGGUUGCAAAGGUUGUUGAAUCAAAUGGUGGGGUAAAGAAGAGUGAGGGGAAGUCUUUAUCACUGAAGUGGAAGGGCAGUUCUGGUUCUAAGCAAGUAAAGAAACUUGGCUUCAUGCAAGUUGUUGAUGACUGGCAGGAGACAACCACAUUUACAACUGCAUUGGAGAAGAUUGAAUCCUGGAUUUUCUCUCGCAUUGUUGAAUCUGUGUGGUGGCAGACCUUAACUCCACACAUGCAAUCUCCUCUUGAUGAUUUGUACACCAAUAAAAGUUUUGGCAAACUAUUGGGGCCUGCCCUAGGUGAUCUGCAGCAAGGAAGUUUUUCAAUCAACCUUUGGAAAAGUGCUUUCCAGGAUGCCUUCCAAAGACUCUGUCCUGUUCGAGCAGGGGGACAUGAGUGUGGUUGCUUGCCGGUGUUAGCAAGAAUGGUAAUGGAACAGUGUGUAGCCAGGCUAGAUGUUGCAAUGUUCAAUGCCAUCCUGCGAGAGUCAGCUCAUGAGAUCCCCACUGAUCCUGUAUCUGACCCAAUUGUUGAUUCAAAGGUUUUGCCAAUUCCAGCUGGAGAUUUGAGUUUCGGGUCUGGUGCACAACUCAAAAAUUCUGUUGGCAACUGGUCUAGAUGGCUCACUGAUCUGUUUGGCAUGGACACUGAUGACUCCCCGAAAGAUGAUCAGACGAGUACUGAGGAUGAUUUCAGAAGAGGUGGAAAUGCUGAACCGAAAUCCUUCCGUCUACUUAAUGAAUUGAGUGAUCUAUUAAUGCUCCCAAAAGACAUGCUUAUGGAAAGAUCCAUCAGAGAAGAGGUAUGCCCCUCGAUUAGUCUUCCCUUGCUUAAGCGCAUACUCUGCAAUUUUACUCCGGACGAAUUCUGCCCUGAUCCUGUUCCGGGGGCAGUCCUUGAGGCCCUGAAUGCUGAGAGUAUAGUGGAACGGAGGUUAUCAAACGGGGACUCAAAUAGCAGCUUCCCAUUCCCUGCUGCCCCAGUUGUUUACACCCCUCCUAGCCAUUCUGAUGUAGCUGAGAAAGUUGCAGAUGCCGGAUGGAAAUCUCAGUUGGAGAGGAAUGUGUCGAUUGUCCAGAGAAAAGGGUAUACCAGCGAUGAGGAAUUGGAUGAACUGGAUUCUCCUCUGACAUCCAUCAUCGACAAAAUGCCACGCACUCCAACUUUUGCAAAUGGUAAAGUAGGAAAUGGUAAUGGAAAGCACAAGGAAACCACGGGUUAUGGUGGAGGGAAUGCGAGGUAUGAACUCCUUCGUGAAGUCUGGUCUAUAUGAAUGCUACCAUGCGCUGUAUGCUAUCUAUUUCUUUUUGUUUGUACAAAAGAAGAGAGAACGAGAAUGGAAAACAAAGGCAAUAUAGAAUGCAGGCGAUCGUGAAUAACUGCUGAGAGGAAAAUUUUACAGUCGGGAGCGCUCAGAUCUGUCUCGCACCAUUGGCUUUUCUUGUAAAUUAAACAGCAUGUUCAUCAUAAACGAUGUUCUGAGCAAUUUCCUUCCUUUCGAUUAAUGGCCAAGAGUUCAUCAUAAAAAGCGUGUUCUGGUGUUCAUCAUAAUUACUGAAAAUAUGGUAAUGCACCUAGAAUUUCCUUUUU